AUGGCUCGAGUCAACCGUGCCACGGAUUCCGUUCGUGCCGCCAUCACCUUGAUACCCUCGAUCCGCCAGCAUUCUACGGUUAUCGACCCGGACGCAAACGCUAAGGCCACUACCGCGAUCCCGUCGUCGGGCUCACGAGGCUUGCUCCAAGAGUUGUCCAUUGGCCAGGCCCAGAACAAGUCCAUUGCGCCCCUCUCAGCCCGAAGCUACAAGGACUCGGACCCCGAACCCAACUGCGCCAGCAUCCAGAACUUCAACUCUAACCCACACUCCCACUCGAAUCCUGAACCCAAGUCGAUCAACGCCAAACACUCGUCACGGGGCCUUCGACGGCGUGCUCCAAUCGACUCGGACACCUUUGAGCCGCUGGAUGCGGUGCUGGAGGAGUCUGCCAUUGCGCCUACUGCUCCUAGCUUUGCCUCUGUCGCAUCCACAGCUGCAACACUAGCCGCAUCAGCGAAGCCUCCUUACCACCACUCUGCUCAAGGCCCCGAGUGCCCGAAGCGACAACAGAUCGAGAGACAUCUGGCAGGUCAGUUCGAAUGGCUACUAUCGUGCCCAGCGCCAGUCAGUUCUGCCAAGGACCAGCACUCCCCCGAUACCGGCAGCGCCUGUCGCAAACGAGGAACCGUGGUCUUUGGCUGUAAUUUGCUGUCACGCAAGCGGCGAUCGACUUCCCACAAGGCUACUGCAGGAUGCCACCUAGCUAACACCUACACCCUCUUAGCUACUCCUCUUGAAGGCGAUGCAUAUUCGUUCCCAGACAUGCACAUCCCCCAGGCCCUAGGUGAUCAGGUUGACAUGUCACUUGACCAAGAUCAACCCCCGGCCUACGAUUUCCACCUGGCCACCCCGCUCAAGGUGCCCGAGGUCGAAAUCGAAGAGGUCGCCGAACAGGCUGUCUCGCCGUCUCUUACCUUGAUAAGUGAUAGGAGCAGCAGCUACGCUGGCGGAUCUUCAAGGGCCGGUUCCUUUUCGGUCCCUCGCAUCGAGGAUUCUCUUGAGGAGCUCGACAAGCUCGAAGAAGAGCUCGAAGCCAUUAAUGCCGUCACUCAGCCUAGACGGAUCAACCCCGAUGAGGUCAAGGCUAGUCCUAAGCAUCUCGAUCCUCGGUCAGAGGCCAAGAAAGCUAUUGUCUCUAAGCGAGCAUCCAUGGGUAGUCUCUCUGCAACAGCCCGUAUCAAGCAGUCUGAAAAGACUCAACCAUCCGUUCGAAGAUCCACUUCACUAGUCUUCCGUCACAAGAAAGAGGAGACACCAGAACCGCCAAGAUUGAGAUCGCAGCUCUCACGAAGUAAACUCGCCAAUACACAGGUGGCGCCACCCAAGCCACCGGUGAAGUCGACCAAGCCACCAACCGUGCCGAAUUUCGAGCUACCCGGAGAGGCUGUUGCCCGUCGUUUGAAGGAACAACGUGAGGCUCGUUUGGCUCAACAGGCCGAGACUCAGAAGGCAUAUGUUGCUCCUCCUAGGCCCAAGUCUAACAAGCCAUUGACGAAACCCAACUUUGAGCUUCCAGGAGAAGCCAUCUCGCGACGGAAGCGCGAGGAGCGCGAGGCACGUCUCAAGGCGCAGGAGGAAGAGGAAAAGAAGAAGCGCGAGUUCAAAGCUAGACCUGUGCGCUCCAGCGUCGCACCAAGCACCCUCCCGCGAGAGACGAUUACAAGCCGUGCUCGUCAGGGAAAGCCCCCGCAAGACGAUGAUGCGAAAAAUAGUUCAGACCCGACCAAAUCAAAGCGAAUCUCGCUUGGAGUCUUGCGCCCGGCCCGGGGGGAGACCGUGGACAGCAAGCCAGGCCAAACCCGUGGCAGACUUGCUAACAUGACCUCACAGGAAGAUUUGAGUCGGGGGACUUCAACUUCAACUGGAAGUUCCACUGGAAAACGAAAUACACUUUCUGCAGAGGAGUGUCAACAACUAAAGCGAAAGGGAAAACAAAUAUUCGAACGAGACAACACUAGCUACACACAAGACAAAGAGCGCGAGAGGCGUGAACGUGAGGCCAUUGCCCGAGUGGCCAGAGAGCAGGCAGCGGAGCGCUCUAGGGCUGCCAGUCGAGAAUGGGCGGAGAAAAAGCGACGUAAGGACCUCGCUAUGAGGGACGCGAUGAAGCAGGGGACAUAUCAGGCUGCCUGA